AUGCAGAAGCUGCUGGCGGAAACCUUGUGUUCACGAGACGGUGAGCGAGGUGUCGACACCCGCGGUGCGACGUUUCGCAACCAGCUCUCGCCGAAUCAGCACUCCCACGACAUUCCGGCUGUUGUUGACAACCCCCCCCCCUUCUUUGCAGCUCGACAGCUAGCACUCCGUGAUCUUUCGAUGAUGUGCAAGGAGGAUAUUCAGGUCACGCAGCGGGUGCCGUCGGAGAAGGUGGAGCUCAAUUCCAACUGCAUAGCGGAGAAACUCUUGAAAGGUGAAGCCAGUGGUUUUCUCAAGGCCGUUUAUGUCAUGCGUGUUUUCCAGCAGACCUGA